UUUCAUCACUAUCCAAAAUCUAGCAGACUAAGAUGGAUAAUAUAUGUUGCAGGCAGUUGUGAGAGUAAAUCAGUAUAUUUAGCAUUUACCAUUUAAAUAUGCUGUCCCAGAUUAUACUACUAAAAUAUGGCUAUAAAUAAGUUCGGUCCAGUAGCGAGAAAUGCAAAAUACUAGGAUAAGUACGAACUGAGAAUGUGCUUGAAGAUGAUCAGCUCUUUCCAAAAUGGCCUUUUCAAUACGGCUUUCGUUCAAAGGAGGUUGAGUGUCAGCUACAGAUUUAGCGGUGUGUGUGAACAAAACAUGAGGGAUAGAAUGGAAAGAUUUGUGCUUCUUCCUUUCACUGCAGGAUGCAUCUCUGAAUCAAGCAUUGCGGUAGGGCUGCAGCAAGCUAAGCGAUCAAAGAUGGACAUGGGUUCAACUCCCACAAGUAAGACUCCCUUUCACAGACCAACAUUCAAUCCACCAUCUUCCUAUACUGUAUGUGUUUACCUUUCUCGAGUGCUUACCUCUUGCUUUGACCAUGAAGGCGAAAAGGACGAAGAUGAGGAGCAAUACGAGGAAGAUGAAGAAAGCUUAUCUGGUGAAAGUUUGAAGAGCCCUCCAAGCCUAUUGGCGAUUCCAAGAUUCCAGAAGCUGUUCAAGAAUCUCAAGAACUUUUCUCAAUCAUUUGUUUACAAAGAUGAGUUGGAAGACACAGAAAUGGGAAUGGAAAUUGGAUUACCAACAGAUGUGAAGCAUGUGACUCACAUAGGUUUGGAUGGUUGUGCAAGCUCGAUUCUCUCAAAGGGCUGGAACAAUCUCACCAAUCCAGAUAUGACCAAUCUCCCUUCAUUUUCUUCGACCCCCCUUCAGCUUGCCAUGGCAAAGAAUGCUGAAAACCCAACCAUUAGGAGCUUGCUUGAAACCAAAUGAAGAAAAUUUAUUAUGUAAGUAAUAGAUGGAAGCAGCACCUGAAUCUGGAUGUAUAAAAUUUAAAGUUAUACGACAGUCCAUUAAUUGCUUGCUCAUGUA